AGCUAGUUGAACUAACGGCCCGCUGCUCUCAGUCUAAAAGUAACUGACUAAAAAUGUUUGGUUCUUCAAGAGCUGGAGGGAUCCGGGGAGGCCAGGACCAAUUCAACUGGGAUGACGUGAAAGUCGAUAAACACAGAGAAAAUUAUCUCGGGAACUCUUUGAUGGCACCAGUAGGACGAUGGCAAAAAGGCAAAGACCUGACAUGGUAUGCAAAGGACAAAAAAGGAGGCGCAGCUUUGUCCAAAGAGGAUGAACUUGCUGCUGUCAAGGCUGCAGAGCACGAGGCACUGAUGGCUGCCCUAGGGCACAAGAACAUAAAGAGACAACCAACUGGCCUGACUAAAGAAGAUCUUGCAGAUGUUUGCAGAAGGGAAGAGGCUGAUGGUGAGGAGAGAAACGUGGACCGUGUCUCAGGCUUGGGAAGCUCCAGUGCAGGGUCAAGGAAAAUGGUGCUCUCCCAAAAAGAAAAGGAGGCUGCUAAAUUAGGCUUACCAGUUUUUACACACCACAAGACUGAGGGUCGACCAGAAACUGCAACAACAAGAACCACUGAGAGUGUAGGAAAAAGAGAACUGGAACCACAGCAUGAGAGCAAAAAGAAGAAGAAAGAAAAGAAGAGCAAAAAAGAGAAAAAGAAGAAGGAUAAAAAGAGGAAAAGGCAAAGAAGAGACUCAUCCUCCUCAGAGUCAGAUGACGACAGAAAGAGGCACAGAAAGGACCACCAUCAUCAUAAUCCAUCAUACCAUAGUCAGACUGGAGCCAGACCCCAUGACAGCCAUUCAAGGGGGGGCACAAAGGCUGAGCGACAGCCCUCCCACCCCCAUCAUCGACAGCAGCGGCAUGACACAGACUCCUCUGACGGGGGGUCUCCUGUCUCCCGUAACCCUGCCAGCCACAAGAUGGCCCCUGCUGGUGCCACACAAAGCCACAGGCGGCGCCACGACACAGACUCGGACGACUGAUGCCCCCCGUGUCCCUGCAAUUCAAAGAUGCAUAAUGUGGACAGAGCGCUCUACAGCAGCUCGACUGGCCCUGAAGACCUCAUUUACCCUGGACGACCAUACAGACAGACAAGGCUUUGGCCUCCUGUUUUAACUUUUCACUGAACCAGUUGGUCUGUUCAUCACAGGACACUGGUGUUUUUUGUUAUUUUGGGUUGUGUUUGACACCAAGUUAAUUCUAUGUGAUUAUACCACCAAUAUUUUCUGUAUUGUAACAGGCUGUGGAUUUUUAGUUUUUAUUUCGUUAGAUAAAAUAUCAUGCAAAGAUAAAAAUUGUUUGAAUAGCAAAUGGAAUGAUCUUUUAUUCCUAUGUCUUGCCCUGGUGGCUGUUUCUGCUCAGGAAAUAAUAGAAAUUGUUGCUGCAGAAACUUUUAUUGUGCCAUAAUUGUGUGUUCCUGAAGUUUAAGUAAAGAUUUCAAAAACAGA